AUGGUAUCUGGCCCAGUUUCAUUAGAUGAUGUAUAUGAGAACAAUUUAGGUAUGUUGGCCAAAUUAGUCAAUACCAAUUAUCCAAAUGUUUACCAGGAAGAAUUUUUCAGUGAACUAUUUGCCAAAAAAUCCACUUUUUUUACUAAAUUGGCCUAUUUCAAUUCUGUCCCUGUGGGUACCAUCAAGUGUAAGUUACAUACAAAGAAGAAGAGUGAUACCGUCUUGAAAGGUUUACAAAUUGAGGUCCUGACGGUAUUGAAGAACUAUCUUCGUGUUGACCAGAUCAGAGAAAAAUUACUUAAUUGGGCAGAAGAAGAAUGCACAAAGCAUCAUCAGCAUAAUAUUUAUGUACAUGUAUUGUCUGAAAACAAUGCUGAGAUUGAAUGGUACACUACAAACGGCUUUGAGCAAGAAGUGGACGCGUUUACGAGGGAAUCUCAAAUUCAGUGCACUCUACUAAAGAAACACUUACCAUAA